GGUCGCCCUCUCCUCAUUCCCCACACCUCACCUUCUCCUCCACAGCCGUCUAGGGUUUGCGAGGGAGGGUUUUCCGGCGAGAGGGCGGAGAUGGCGGCGGAGCGUGCGAAGGGGACGGUGAAGUGGUUCAACGGGACCAAGGGCUUCGGCUUCAUCAGCCCCGACGACGGCAGCCAGGACCUCUUCGUCCACCAGUCCUGCGUCAAGGCCGACGGCUACCCCAACCUCAAGGACGGCGAGGCCGUCGAGUACACCGUCGGCAGCGACCACGACGGACGCUCCAAGGCCCUCGACGUCACCGCGCCCGGCGGCGGCUCCCUCCCCGGCGGGGAGCGCCCCGACAGCGGCGGCUACGGCGGGCGCGGCGGCGGCGACCGCGGCGGCUACGGUGGAGGCGGCGGCGGUUACGGAGGAGGCGGCGACCGCGGCUACGGCGGCGGAGGCGACCGCGGCUACGGGGGAGGAGGCGGCUACGGCGGCGGCGGCGACCGCGGCUACGGCGGUGGCGGCGGUGGACGCGGCAGUGGCUGCUACAAGUGCGGCGAGGAGGGCCACAUGGCGAGGGACUGCUCCCAGGGCGGCGGCGGCGGCGGGUACGGCGGCGGCGGCGGCGGCGGAGGCGGCCGGGGCUGCUACAAGUGCGGCGAGGAGGGCCACUUGGCGAGGGACUGCACCCAGGGCGGCGGCGGUGGCGGCUACGGCGGAGGCGGUGGCGGCUACGGCGGUGGUGGAGGCGGCGGCGGCGGCGGCCGCGGGUGCUACAACUGCGGUGGCGAGGGCCACAUCUCCCGCGAGUGCCCCAACAGGCACUAGGCGCAGCGUCGGAUCCGGUCCGAGUCCCACCUCCUGGCUCUUGCAUGAAGUCAUGGCCACCUAUCUAUCUAUCUAUCUAUCAGUAGUUGCAGUAGUGUUUCGUUCUCGUCGGUCGUGUCUUGUCGUAGUAGGAAGAAGGCGCAUGUAGAAGUGGUGGUAUGGAUCUGUGUCGAAGUCGUAGUGUUUUCGUCUUUUAAUCAAGCUGUAAGGCAGCCAUGGUCAUGGAUGGCACUGCCCGAUCUAUCUAUCUAUUUUGGAAUGGAGUGGUAAUCUAUCGAACUCAGUUAUGUGCCUGGAUUUCUGUUGUU